AAAGCGAAACUGAAACCAGGCGGCCCGAGGCUGCGGGCCGGACGCACCCCUGCACCCCUGCCCCAGACCCGGCCCAGCUGCGUCCCGCCGCCGCGCCGCCCGACGCCCAGAGCCAUGGCCUCGAACCUCGGCCCGCCGUCCCCGCUGCCCGCGCGGGUGUCCGAGCCCGGCCCCCAGCUACACAGGAAGCUGGAAAGCGACUCCCAGGGCCGGCAGUUGGGCGACGAGGAGUGCACCGUCCCGCUCUCGGGCCACCGCACCGAGGACACCGCCAUGGCCUCGAACCUCGGCCCGCCGUCCCCGAUCCUCGCGCGGGUGUCCGAGCCAGGCUCCAGGCUACACAGGAAGCUGGAAAAAUACUUUCAGAGCCGUGAGUCAGGCGGCGGGGAGUGCACCGUCCGGCCCUUCGGCCACAGCGCCCAGGACACCUUCCUGGUGAAGUUCAGGGAAAGGGCAGCUAAGGAGAGAGUACUGAAAAAAGGAGAGCACCAAACUGUGGUUGACAACAAACCUGUGACUAUUUCCCUGGAACCUACUGAAAAUCCCAUAGAGAAGAAUCCAAGACCCAGAACAUCUUCACUGACACAGUCAGGAGAAGGGGUGAGAUCUGGUGAGAAGCAUCCACAUGAAGAACAUAUUCCUAAUGCUGUGGAUUCCUGUCUCCAAAAGAUCUUCCUUACUGUCACAGCUGACCUGAACUGUAAGCUGUUCUCUAAAGAGCAGAGGGAACACAUAACCACUCUCUGGCCCAAUGUCAAAAGAAUGGAAGGCCAUGAUGGAAUUGAGAAGGUGUGUGGUGACUUCAGAGACAUUGAAAAGAUACACCACUUCUUCAGUAAGCAACUGCUGGAGAGUGAACAGAAACAGGAAUCUUCCCCUUUGACAACAGAGAGGGAGCCACUCCUGCAGCAGGACUGGAACAGCUGUGUUUCUUUUUCUGAACCAAAACCCAGGUCAGAUGAGAAAAACAACCGUUUUGAAGUUCCCUUGCCUUUCUUUGAAUACUUCAAAUAUACCUUUCCUGAUAAAAUAGACUCACUAGAGAGAAGAUUUGGUGUAAAAAUAAAAACUCAGGAGAGUUCUCCAAAUAUGAUCUAUUUAGACUUCACCUCAAGCCAAUCAGAUCACCUCAAAGCAGUUUGUGAUUAUUUUGCCAGUGAAUUUCAGAGGAUUGUAGGAACUCUGGGGCAGGAAUGCCUUGCUUUUCCAGACAGUAAGCAGGCAAAUAGAAUCAAACAGGAAUUGAAUCACCAGUUUUCAAAGCUCUAUAUAAAGGAGGAAGGAGGAGAAUUAACUCUCCUUGGGACCCAAGAUGACAUUGCAGCUGCCAAACAUUUUCUUGCCUCCAAAAUCUCUGCAAGCCUGGUCAAGGCACCUGUGAAAAUAAGGACUUACGGGGGCACAAUGAAUGGAAUUGACGUUGACACCGCUCGCUAUAAGCUUUUAGAAGCUGAAUUACUCCAGGAAAUAUCAGAGAUAGAAAAAAAGUACAAUACUCAAAGUAAGGUUUUAGGAAAAAGUCAGAAAACCUGCAUUCUAUUUGAACCUAAGGAUAAGGAGUUAGAUCUGUCAGUGCAUGCUUAUGUCAGUUUCAUCAAUGCCUAUCAACACUUCUCAUGUCAGCUGAUGAGAGAAGUUUUUUCACUGAAAGCUUUGGGCAAGGAGAGAAAGCAUUUACAUGGCACCAAGUUUGCUGAUGAAUUUAGAAAAAAGCAUCCAGAUGUAGGCUUUGUGCUAAGUCAAGAGUCAAUGACUUUGAUUGGGUUGCCAAAUCACCUUGCAAAGGCAAAGCAGUAUGUCUUAAAAAUAGGGGGGAUAUCUCCUUUGGCUGGAGAGAAAUGGAAUGAGGAUCAUGAAACACCCAUGGACAUUGAUAGCAAUGAUUCAGAAAGAGCUUCACCAACAUUCCAGCGCUCUGCCAGUUCUGGAACAUCAGGAGUGGACAAGGAAAAGGACACAUGUGUCAUCUGUAUGGACAUUAUUAGCAACAAACAGGUGCUACCCAAGUGCAAGCACGAAUUCUGUGGCCCUUGUAUCAACAGAGCCAUGUUAUUUAAGCCAGUCUGUCCUGUGUGCCAGACUUCCUACGGUAUCCAGAAAGGGAAUCAGCCAGAAGGAACCAUGAAUUUCACUGUCAUGAGAGACUCACUUCCAGGUUAUGAAUCCUGUGGCUCCAUUGUGAUUCAUUAUAUUAUGGAAGGAGGAGUACAAACAAAAGAGCACCCAAACCCAGGAAAGAGAUAUUUUGGAAUCCAUCGAACUGCAUACCUGCCUGAUAACAAGGAAGGAAGGGAGGUUUUGACAUUGCUUCGUAGGGCCUUCGACCAAAAGUUGAUUUUCACAAUCGGAGAGUCUCGAGUAUCAGGAGCCUCAGAUGUCAUUACGUGGAAUGACAUCCACCACAAAACGUCCCCAUUUGGGGGACCAGAAAAGUAUGGCUACCCAGACCCUAAUUAUCUGAAACGCGUCAAACAGGAGCUGAAAGAUAAAGGAAUUGAGUAAGAAGACUGCUGGAAGGAUGUCUUGAGCCAAGCUUUCAAAGGACACAGUUGAAGAAGCCGAGUAAAUACCCAUCUAAAUCCUUAUGUAGACACACCUUUUUAACAUUUUCAUCUCAAGAAGUGGUCUGUGUAAGAGCAAGAAUCUGCUAGUCUGUCAUUUCUGGAGUGUUACUUUUUAUGAAAGAUAAAAGGCCCAAAGCUUUGUGUAAUUUUGCUGCAGAGGGGUGGUGCCUCCUUCUUGUGUCACUGUGGUAGAGAGGGGGAUGGAGUGCUGUGGAUCUGAAAUCAUCUUCUAUGUUCUUCACUAGGAAUACUAGCUGAAAAUUGAUCCUCUUCUUAUUACCAUCUCUGGGUGGUCCUUUAGUUUUUUGUUUGUCCUUUAAGUGCCCUAAAAGUAAAAUCCUAGUGUGAAUGGAGGGGAAAAAGGCUUUCGUUAUGGAAAAUUAGAGACACACUUUCCCCUCCCUCCUUCAUGGCCAGAAAAGUGGCCAGGAGCAGAGAUUGGACAACUUUUGGAAGUAAUGGAACAAAGCUAUUCUUUUUCAUGGCACAGAGCCUGAUAUACAGUUGGUGCUUAAUAAACUGUUGCUAAUAACCCAGCUGAUUUGGAAAACUGAGCUUCUUACCCCAGAGCACUAGGCCUCUGACCUCUGACCAGGCCUCUGACUGGGUCCUUGCUCACCGCUGGUCCUCAUAAUCUGCCCUAGGGGUGCACUUGCCCUGCCAAAGUAACGCUACACUGUAGUUCCUGAACAUUUUUUUCCUCUGGAUAUUAUUGUACUUUUGAGUGUAUCCUGCUUCCAGCUUUAACAGAUAAAAAUGUUUAGUUUCCAUAGAGUUUCCAUAGACUAUCAUUUUCUCAGUAACUGUAGCCCCCACAGUAGUAGUUUUUCCAUCCUUUUUCUAAGUCCCAGCAAAUCAUGUUUCUCCCUUAGAUCUUUCUCGCUGAUACUCUCUCUGGACAGAGAAAAGGCAAGAGUUAAGCCUCCUAUAAGGAAUAUAGGACAUGUCAAGCUCUACUUCUAAAUGGUUCUCCAAGUAAGAAGAAAGUCAAAGUACCUAAUUAUCUGGUUAUCCACGUCCCAGCCUCUCUCCAAAAAUGACAAAAGGGAUGUCUUUUUCUUUUCCUAAAGAUACGCUUACACACACAUAUAAAUGUUUUGGUCAGAUAGGAAUAGCUAAUAUUUAAUGAGUACUUAUUUUGUCCCCUUUAUAAGAGCUUUACAUCCAUGUGGUUGAUGCUAUCAGCAUCCCCAUUUUAUAAGUGAGACAACUGAUGCACAGAGAGGCUAAUACCUUGGCAAGGGUGUCACAUAGUAAAUAAGUAGAAGUGGGGAGAUUUGAAGGCGAGAGUCUGGCUCCAACGCUUCUGCACCCCAGAGCUUUACGGCCUCCUCCAGGGGGGCUUCUCCUCCAGGGAGCAGGCUGAGAAGUUCCCAUAUUCUGAGCAUUUCUCAGAAAUGGAUUCCUGGGCGGUGCUCAAAGCAGAUUUCCUUUGAGGAAGUCCUGUUUGAACUUAAAAACCCGGCAUCUUUUCCUUUGUCCAGAGAGUUGAGGAAGCUUAAGGUAAAUGAUCCGUCUUUUUUAAAAAUCAGAUUAUACAUUUAAUUUUUGGUGGUUCAUUAAAGUCUUUACUGUUAUGAUUGUUUUGUAUCUACUGAUCUUUUAGCUAAAUUUGCUUCAAAAAAGCAAAACCUUGGUUCCUGCUGGGUUCUGGAUCCUUGACUGCAAUGUGUGUGCAUAGACGAGUUUCAUG